UAAAAGGACAGAGCACGACUCUUUGCUCUCUCUCUCUCAUAUCUAUCUGAAGGUGCAGGGAAGGAUUCAUGGCGUCCCUUCUUUCUAAGAGACCCGGAAAUCUCCCGGACCAUCGCUUUCAUCUGUGUCGAACCGCUUGAUUUCUCCUUUUUCUAAUGCUUGCAGUCUGGGAGGUCGUCUCUGGGCGGAAGAAUCAGCGACCGUCUCCUUCAGAAUCGUUUUUUCCCUCUGGUGAAAACUGCGAGGGUCAAGACCGGAAUUGCUGGCGGUGAGAGAUCUAAGAAAGGGCGGCAUAUCGAGAUCGAAAUCGCAGCCAGAGAGUUUCGAAGUCAGGCGCUGCUAACGAUCUAAAUCGCUGUUCUGAAAGGAUCGCCCUUAGCCAUCAGCACAACAAUCGCCGCCAAGAGAGGCAGCAGCUGCCAUGAUUGGCAACGUGAAGCUGGGGGUGGAGGUGCUCAGCGCCACAAACCUGAUCGCCAAGGAUGGGGAGGGUACGUCGAGCGCCUUCGUCGAGCUCCACUUUGAUGGCCAGCGGCACCGCACCACCAUCAAGGAGAAGGACCUCAACCCACAGUGGAACGAGAGGUUCUCCUUCACCGUCUCCGACCCCGCCAACCUCCCCAACCUCACCCUCGACGCGUAUGUCUACCACGAUAUCAAGCCCUCCCACUCCCGCUCCCUCCUCGGCAGGGUCCGCCUCCACUCUCAUGCCUUUGUUGCCCAGCAGGAUGCCGUCACCCUCAGCUACCCGCUCGAGAAGCGGAACAUCAUAUCCCGCGCCAAAGGAGAACUCUCCCUCCGGGUUUACCUCCUUGACGACCACCUCUUCCACAACGUCCAGCCUUCCAUACCCUUCGUAACGGAGCCGGUUGUGCCGACGCCGGCCCCGGUACCGGUGGCUGAACCUGCGCCCGAAGCACCCCGGAAGGGCCAUAACCACCGAGAUACCCACCAAUUCUAUAGUCUCCCCAAUCAGCACUCUGCCCAGGAGCCUCCACCCAGGGUGGUGAUCAACCACGACGAGGCCAAACCUGUCCCACCACCGGUGAUGCGCGUAUACAACAACGGCGUUGGUGUUGGCGCCGGCGGCAUUCCUUUCGUUCAGACAAUGCCCUCCUCUUCCGGCGAGUUCUCGCUCAAGGAGACCAGCCCUCUUCUGGGAGGCGGCCAGGUGGUCGGCGGCCGGGUCAUCCGUGGGACCGAGAAGCCGAUGAGCACCUACGACCUGGUCGAGGAGAUGCGCUACCUAUUCGUCAGGGUAGUGAAGGCGCGGGAUCUGCCCGCCAUGGACGUCACGGGGAGCUGCGAUCCGUUUGUGGAGGUGAAGCUCGGCAACUACAAGGCCACGACGCGCCACUUUGAGAAGAACUCCAAGCCCGAGUGGAACGAGGUGUUUGCUUUCUCUCGGGAGCGGCUGCAGUCAUCGGUAGUGGAGGUAGUGGUGAAGGACAAGGACAUGAUCAAGGACGACUUCAUCGGGCGGCUGCGACUAGACAUCAAUGAGAUCCCCGUCCGGGUGCCCCCCGAUAGCCCUCUCGCUCCCGAGUGGUACCGGCUGGAGAAAAAGGACGGGGAGAAGCUGGACAAGGGAGAGCUGAUGCUCGCCGUCUGGAUCGGCACGCAAGCAGACGAGUCGUUCCCAGAGGCAUGGCACUCGGACGCCAUCCCCAAAAAGGACGGGUUCCACGUCUCCAACAUACGUUCUAAGGUGUACCACUCGCCCAGGCUGUGGUACCUGCGUCUGCAAAUCAUCGAAGCCCAGGAUCUGUACGUGAAGGACAAGACCCGCUACCCGGAGGUCUACGUCAAGGCCCAGCUCGGGAACCAGACCAUCAAGACCCGAUUCAUGCAGAGCCGCAACUUCAGCCCCGUCUGGAACGAGGAACACAUGUUCGUCGCGGCCGAGCCGUUCGAGGACCACCUCGUUCUCACCAUCGAGGACCGGGUCGGACCCAACAAGGACGAGACGAUCGGCAAGUGUUCCAUCCCGCUCGCCACCAUCGAGAAGCGGGCGGACGACCGCCUCUUCAAUGCCAAGUGGUACAACCUCGAGCGGCCAGGCAUUAUCGACCCCGAGGUGCUCAAGAAGGACAAGUUCGCGACCAGGCUGCACAUCCGGGUCUGCUUCGACGGUGGGUACCACGUGCUCGACGAAUCAACGCACUAUAGCAGCGAUCUCAGGCCGACGGCCAAGCAGCUGUGGAAGCAGUCCAUCGGGGUGCUGGAGCUCGGCAUCCUGAACGCCCAGACCUUGCACCCGGUGAAGACCCGAGAAGGGAAGGGCGUGUCCGACACGUUCUGCGUGGCUAAGUAUGGGCAGAAAUGGGUACGGACGCGGACCAUAAUCGACGACCCCUGCCCCAAGUGGAACGAGCAGUAUACAUGGGAGGUGUACGACGCCUGCACCGUGCUGACGGUGGGAGUGUUCGACAAUGGCCACAUCGGCGGCGAGGACAAGUCCAAUGGGCACAAGGACCUCAAGGUGGGUAAGGUAAGGAUACGGCUGUCGACGCUGGAGGCGGGGCGGGUGUACACACACUCGUACCCGCUGCUGGUUCUCCACUCUUCGGGCGUGAAGAAGAUGGGAGAGAUACACCUCGCCAUACGCUUCUCGUGCACCUCCACGCUCAACAUGAUGUGCACGUACGCGAGGCCGCUGCUCCCCAAGAUGCACUACGUGCGGCCGCUGAGCAUACACCAGGUGGACACGCUGCGGCAUCACGCCGUAAGCAUCGUCGGGGCUAGGCUGGGGAGGGCCGAGCCGCCGCUGAGGAAGGAGGUGGUCGAGUACAUGUCCGAUGUCGACUCCCACAUGUGGAGCAUGCGGCGGAGCAAGGCAAACUUUUUCCGACUCAUGGGCGUCUUCUCGGGCCUCAUGGCCGUGGCCAAGUGGUUCGGCGAGGUGUGCGCCUGGACCAACCCGGUGACCACCGUUCUGGUGCACCUCCUGUUUGUGAUUCUGGUGUGCUUCCCGGAGCUGAUAUUCCCGACGGCCUUCCUCUACAUGUUCUUGAUCGGGCUCUGGAAUUACCGGUACCGAGCGAGGCACCCGCCGCACAUGGACACGAGGUUGUCCCACGCAGAGGCAGUGCACCCAGACGAGCUGGACGAGGAGUUCGACACGUUUCCCACGAGCCGCAGCGCGGAGCUGGUGAGGAUGAGGUACGAUCGUCUGAGGAGUGUAGCGGGGAGGAUACAGACGGUGGUGGGAGACGUGGCCACGCAAGGGGAGCGGCUGCAUUCGCUGCUCAGCUGGAGAGACCCGCGGGCGACCACCAUCUUCCUAGCCUUCUGCUUCUGCGCGGCCAUGGUGCUGUACGUGACGCCAUUCCAAGUGGUUCUGGUGGCUCUGGGAUUCUACCUGAUGAGGCACCCCAGGUUCAGGUACCGCCUUCCCUCCACUCCCCUCAACUUCUUCCGGCGCCUCCCGGCUAAGACCGACAGCCUGCUCUGAACCCGCGCAAGAGAGCCUACUUGUUUUAAGAGAAGCGGCCGCGGGCGGAUCUGAAACCAUUAGUGGUCCUGUUACUGGACAUUUGACCCUUUUUUUCCUCUAUUAGGCAGCGGCAUGUAUUCAUACCACCAUAAAUGCAGGAGUCCAUCUGUUUGUCACGUAGCUGUGUUUGAGAAUAAUAAUGUGGAUUUGUUAAUCGUUGUAUUUAUGAAAAUGCUAUAAUUUGUUGUUCAAAAUCAA